AUGUCAGGGACGAAAAGGAGAUAUGAUGACUCAACUGGCGCGCAACAGGUCUUCGAGGAUAUAGAGGAUGUUCUCAUCACAGUGAAAAACCUCUGUUCUGGGAACAACUUCGAUGAUAACUUGCUAUCUGAUGCUAUUGAGGAGCUUCUGCGACUUAUCGAGCAGUUCGCCGAUAAGAGAACGAAGGGAGAUAAAGCAUGGCUCCCGCGCGCGCUCGAUGCGCUGGACCGUGAGGGAACCAAUCUAUGGAAUCUUGCAAGCGCCGUUCAUCCCGUGGUUAAAGACAAGAAACUGCCCCUCACCGCCAGAUUGAGAUUAUCUGGGUUCCGUUUAAUUGAGGUUGGCUUCCCAGCAAAACCCGCCAUCGACGGUCUCAUACAUCUGCUUCAACUUGCGAGCAAGACUGGGUCCAUGAUUUCCGAGGCGGGACAACCAGAUCUCGCGUCUGGCGUUCUGGCGUCGGCAGCCAAGUACGAGGAGCUACUCCGAAGUGCGGAAGACCCCGGAGGCGAACUCAAUCUACAACGUGCCCAAGCAACGCUCGUCUAUCAUUGUACUAGACUCGAGGCAGCUUGGAAAGAAGGAAACGAAGCCAUGGCAAAUUAUAUGUUGCAGAUUCUCACUGCCAAUGAGAACGAGCGUUUCGCCAAUAUACCUUCGAAAGAUCGCGCGAUGGUGGCGUCGAAGCUACUCGAAGUGGGGAAAUCCCUACUGAUUGAUCAAGACCGGCAAGGCCGAUCGUUAGACAGCCGUGCAGCCGAGGCAGUAUCGUGGCUUCAGAAGGCGUUUGGUUUGAUUGAUGUGGUGGAAAGCGAGGUGCUCGCAGGUGUGGCGGAGAUUAAGCGAUCCUGUCUUCGGAAUCUAGCUCGAGCAUACCUCCUCUCAUCGACCUACAAUCCAGCACAUCUAUCUCGCGCAGAAACAGCUCUCCAAGAAUUGGUAUCUGGGCAUACGGAUGCAGAGGACCUUGGAUCCGCUGAGAACCAGGAGCUACGAUGGUGGUUACUCGCUGUCCUUCAAAGGAGAGAGGCGGCCGAUGAUAUAUUAUCAUACUCCUUUCGGUCCAUCGUUGACACGAUGGUCUUCUCGGAAGGGAAUGUCGCUAGAAUCAUUCAGGAGGUGAAAGCCCUCGAUCGUCCACGCCACCAACUUGUGACCUCUGUACUAUCACAUUGCAUAGAGCGGUAUGCGGUCCUCCGUGACGUCCCGGAGACGAUACUGGACCAAGUUUUGCUGGCCUUGAUAUUUCAUUGCUCCAAAGCUCAGGAUCAUACAGCGGCGAUGACGGACUUGCAUCAAUCCUUUGACCAAAUCGUUAAGCAAGAUCUGGCACUAUCCAAGACCGGGGCAACCGCCUGUUUGAUGCUCUUUUGGCAACAUGCUAAUCAACACCACCGCGCAAAACGACUGUCUGAAGCUGUUGAUUGGUAUCUCAUCGGUACUCAUAGCGCCUUUCAGACUAUCGCAGAUGUAAGCAGUGACAAGUGUUAUCGAAAAGCUGCGCUGUGUCUGCUAGAGCUCCAUGACUUCUCUCGUGCGACCAUGACUGCACAGCGGUGUAAUCUCGGCAGUGCGUUGACGCAGUAUGUGCUGCUGGUCGCAGCUGUCCGUCAAGGAUCUGAAGAAGAAGCCAAGCGAGCUGUCACCAAUAUGGUUAAAGCCUCUGACUACGAGGGAAGCAUGCUGCUAAUGGCCAUCCGCCUUGCGCACGAAUCGGAUCUAAAAGUGUUGCUUCUCUCCGUCCUGGAGGAGAUGCUACGAUCGCUCAAGCAGGCAGAGAGCUUGCGGGCAGAACCUGAGGCCGUCGCUCUCAUUCGGUGUACGAUCAGAUUAGUAUUGCGUCUUAUGGCAGAGCCCAUUUCCACGGACAGAAACAAGCACGUCGCAGCUCUCAUCGGCCAUUUCGAAACCGCACAACAGCUUGUUCAGACAGCUCGGGAUGAGAAGAGAGCCGCGCUGAUAAUCAAGGACAUAUCUUGGCUCUGGCGCACCGCAUACAACUGCGCCAAUCAAGGAUGUGCCGAAUGGGACGAUGCUGAAAGAAAGGUGCCUGCACUAUUCGAUAUCGCCGGUCAGUUGAUCGAAACGUACCGUGAGGUCGUAGUACAAGUUGACGAAGAAGUCUAUAUGGCCAUGGUGUUCUCGUCAUUCGCGGCCACGUCUGCCAGGGUCUUCGCGAUUCGCCAUCGUGCUCAGCUACCUGGUUACGCUUUCCACAACGAAGCCGGGUCCAUCGCUGAACUUUCCCAGUGCACUCGUGCGUGCGAACAAGUCAUCAGAGCCGUCCUUCAGGACACACCGCUGGGCGAGGCGAAUGCGGCCGUAGUACUGCGCUGCCUCCGCGCCGUUCUGGUCUUCGAGGCCGAGGUAGCGAUUCUAGCAAAGAAGUGGGACAUUGUGCCGGAAAUAUUGGAGGCUAUAUCAGGCCUCCCAAAUGACCUUGUCAAUACGCUAGAGGCGGUUGUUGACCUUCUCUGGGCGGCUCGCGAUUGCCCUCUGACAGUAUUGGUUCCAGCGCUCGAGAGCAUCCUCCAUGCUAGUCUCGAUCAUCAAGCGCUCUCAGUGCACAAAUUCGCUCGAUGGCUCCGAGCCAUAUGCACCAUGCUGCUGUCUAAGAAUACAACUCCUGACAGGCUCAGAACUAUAACGUACAUCGAACAAGGCGUCUCGGUUCUCGGUGAACAUUCCCAAGAGCGCGAUGAUCGAGGAGAGGUGUAUCCGCUUGACGAGCGCCACUGGCUUGUGACUACGUCCUAUAACACGGGCCUCGAGUGCUUGCACGUAGGUCUUGUUGAUGAAGCGAAGCGAUGGUUUGAAGUCAGCACGAUCAUCUGCCGCUUUCUGCCAGAUGGCGAGACGGUGUCUACAAAGAUAUCCGAUACCUACACUAUCUUACUCGGACGGUACUCUCCAUAA